GGAAGUGACUGUCUCGCGCUACUUCAGGGUCAGUUGGUAAGAAGCUCGAACCAGUGAAGGAUUGAGGUGAGAGGGCAUUACCCGGGGCAGGACCCCGCCCAGGGGAGGGCAGGACAGGACUCGGGGUUUUAUAGUCAAGCCUUUUACAGAGAGUAACAGAAAUACCUGGAAAAACUCAGCAGUUCUGGCAGCAUCGGCGGAGAAGAACACAGUUGACGUUUCGAGUCCUCAUGACCCUUCAACAGAUGUCUCCAGGUUGCCUGCUUCAGCUAUUAGUCUGACCCGAUGCUUCAUUCAAUCUUUUAAAGCCAUUUCUUUUGCACAGUUGUUUCUUGGUGGUGGGAAAGGAAGAAUCUGUUCUUUCUGUGCGUUGUCUUUUCUUUUUGUGACUGGACCGAACCGAUUGAAUGAUGGGACUGCGUAAAGCUUCCAGACUCCUAAUUAAUGUGGAUUGCAAAGCUGUGGUACAGCUUUAAUGUUUCUAUUCCUUAUUCAGAUGAUUAGGAUGAUGUUGGGAUAUGCUGGAAUGGACAUGGAUUCAUUGCAGCCCUUUUGGUCAAACAAACCUUAUGGCUCGUCUCGUAGUAUUAUUCGGAGAAUAGGCUCUAGCUUGCCUCUUAAACCAUGUCCAAGAGUUCAUUUUCAGCUCUGUUCACAUUCCUAUUGGAUUGUGCAGUCUUCCUGCUGCAGAUUUUCCAUGGCUUUGGAGAAGCUGCUCAAAGUCUUGCCGAGCCGGAACAUGGUGCAGUUGCUUCCCUGGCUGACGUAGGUUGGAUUGUUUGUGAUCAGGGGCAGUUAUUUACCAAGUUGAGAUCUGAAAUUCGUCCUGAAAGUGCUGACAUCUCUGAGCAUCAGGCUUCAUCUUUUGCAAGACCCAUCAGCAGGCAAGCUUCCUUACCAAAUUUGAGGAAUUGUAAAAAGGAAUCUGCAGCUCCUUCAAUGGCCAGUGAUGCAGCACUGGAAAAAAUCAGCGUAUUGGAAAAUGAGCUUGCUAAGUUACGGGAACAGAUUGCCAUGAUAGUGACUAUACAAGAACAAAGCAGUCUCUUGACAGGUCCAGGGACAUCUGGUGGUGUUCCUCCUCCUGCUCCUUCACUGCUGCCACCGCCACCACCUCCCCCACCUCUACCACCACCGCCUGCGGUCCAGCGAAGUGCGUCUGCAAUUGAUCUCAUCAAAGAAAGAAGAGGAAAGAAAGCUGAUAGUCAGAUUACAGCUAGUCCUAAACACAAAACUAUACCAAACAUGUUAGAUGUUCUAAAAGACAUCAAUAAGGUGAAACUACGAUCUGUGAGGAAAUCUUUGGAUGAUUUAAAGCCCAAACAAGACCAAUGUACAGCAGAUCCAACAGCAUUAAUAGCAGCAGCUUUGAAACGAAAAUUUGCACAUCGCUACAAAAACGAUAGCUGUAGUGAAAAUCAAUCUUCAAACUCUGACUUCCAGGCAAACACAGAUCCCCCAAAGUUUGGGCAACACUUGCUGAAGCCAACAGGAAAGAGAAAACCAUUGUUAGGAAAUACAUCUCAGUCCUGAUUGGAAGCUCAGGGUGGGAGGGAAAGGCUUGUACUUUUCCUCUAGUUGGAACUUCAAUUCACAUUAGACUUGAAAAAGUAUGAAGAAAUACUGCUACUACAAAAUCUUCUGUAGUUUACGUAAGCAAUACUUCUAAAAUCAGGUUUUAAAAUGUAAAUUUUAACAUUAGGUUUACUGACUUGCUUUUAUAUGCCAGUUGGUGUUUUACAUGUACUCACAAUGAGAAUGCAUUUCUAUAGCUGAAUUCUGAAGUUUGAAAUUAUUGUUGUUGUUUAUACAUUUGUCUUAAAUAAGGCACCUGGACUGACUAAGUUGAAUUAGAUAGUAGUUUUAAUUGUGCUUUAAGUAAGCCAGUGUUUUCUUUCCACUUUGGCGUUCACAUUGUCAUCUAAAUAAUAGUAAGCUGUGGUAGUCCCUUAAAAGCAAGUACUGUAGAUUUAUAGUUAAUGAGGUCAUAUGGCAAAGAAAUUAUGCUGUAUAACUAUCUUGAAACCUAAAUAACACAUCACAGGACCCGUUUAAAAGUUGUUAGAGGCUUUCAAUGUCUUACUAUGUUUUUUUAUUUGAGAUAUGAACGCUGAUAAUGAUGUACUGGGAUACUGCAGUAAUAGGUGUGAGGCCUGAUCUACCAUAUGCAGUUAAUGUUGAGUCAUCUCUUGUCUAUUGUUGCUUACAAUUAACCUCCCUCACUGACUUUCACUCCUUUCAACCAGCUCUUCCUGCUUAAACAAAGUUUAAAAAGUGACUAAAGGAUGAAAGCAUCUAAAAAAUAUAUGAAAUGUUAAUUAUAAUUCUUGAUAACGAAUUUGUAAAAAGCCUUGAUGGUAGAUCUCUCUUGUUUCAAAUGCCUAUCCUGAAAAUCCAGUACAUCAAUGAUUUAUUCAAAAAAGGGAAUACUCUAGAUGGUUACAGCAGACAUGCAUUUCCAUCAUUUUAAUAAUUGGGUGCAAAGUGUAAAACUUAGUCUAAUACCAGUGGUAUUUUUAUAUGGAUGGUAGCCUGGAAGUAAAAGUUUUAAAAUAAGGAAAGUUAAGGGCUUCUGCAGUACAGUGCUGCUUCAUAUAGGACCAAAGUAACUUAUGGCAUAAAAUAUAUUUGUUACAACUACACUACAACUGCUGGAAUUCCCCAGACCCACUUGUAGUAAUAGAAUAAGGGUAGACAUUAACUUAACUUCAGAAGACCUAAGAAGAUUGUAUAACACUUUUUUUAAAUUCCCAUGUUUGUUAUACAAAAAAAAAUUCCUGCACAGAAAUGUAGGUAUGCUGAAGAAUUUAUAUUUUAUUUUAACUUCCACAGUGGGAAGUAUGUUUUAAUCUAGAUUUUAGAUGUAAUGUAUUUUGUGUAACUUAGUUGGGGGGGUGGGGUGGAGUGGAGUUAGGAAGGAUGAGCACGGUGUUAAUUUUUUUUUAAAAGGUGUACCAGCUCCAACACGCAAUAAAAUUAUCUGAGCUUUAGCUAAAGGCGAACGAUGUAGAAAAAGGAAAGUUAGUUUUAAAAGGCGAAGUGUGUUUAAAAACAUGUAAUUCAGCCAUAUUAACUUGAGACAUGCCUCACUUUUCGCAACAAAAUGGGGCAUCUGCUCCCUUACCAUUGCUAAUAUCAGUUUUUUCACCAGAUUUCAGGGGAAAUGUAAUAGUGUUCUGUGUAAUCAUCCUCUCCAAUUCUUCUCACCUUGUUCUUUCUCUUCCGCACCCC